GGGGCGUGGAAUGAAGUGACGGCCUCUCCGGUCACAUGAUAGUGGCGCGGGCCGGAGUUGCUACGGUUGCUCGGGGCGGGGGGCCGGAGUCUGGCUGACAAUGAGUUUUCUUGGAAAUUUGUUUGGUCCCAUAUGUGAGAUUGAUGUUGUUCUGAAUGAUGCUGAAUCACGAAAAACAGCUGAAAUCAAAACAGAAGAUAACAAAGUAGAAAAACAUUACUUGUUCUAUGAUGGAGAAUCAGUUUCAGGAAAGGUAAAUAUAGUCUUUAAACAUCAUGGAAAGAGGCUAGAGCAUCAAGGAAUAAGAAUUGAAUUCGUAGGGCAAAUUGAACUUUUCAAUGACAAGAGCAAUACUCACGAAUUUGUAAACUUAGUGAAAGAGCUGGCCUUACCUGGUGAAUUAACACAAAGUAGAAGCUAUGACUUUGAAUUUAUGCAAGUUGAGAAACCAUAUGAAUCCUAUAUUGGUGCCAAUGUUAGAUUGAGGUAUUUCCUUAAAGUGACGAUAGUAAGAAGGUUGUCAGACUUGAUUAAAGAAUACGAUCUUAUUGUUCACCAGCUUGCAACUUACCCAGAUGUUAACAAUUCUAUUAAAAUGGAAGUUGGCAUUGAAGAUUGUCUGCAUAUAGAAUUUGAAUAUAACAAAUCCAAGUAUCACUUAAAGGAUGUGAUUGUUGGAAAAAUCUACUUCCUCUUAGUAAGAAUAAAAAUUCAACAUAUGGAAUUACAGCUGAUAAAAAAAGAAAUAACUGGAAUUGGACCCAGUACAACAACAGAAACGGAGACCAUUGCAAAAUAUGAAAUAAUGGAUGGUGCACCAGUUAAAGGUGAAUCUAUUCCCAUAAGACUCUUCUUGGCUGGCUAUGAUCCUACUCCCACAAUGAGAGAUGUAAACAAAAAAUUUUCAGUAAGAUACUUCUUGAACCUAGUGCUAGUAGACGAAGAAGACAGACGGUACUUCAAGCAGCAGGAAAUCAUUCUCUGGAGAAAAGCCCCUGAAAAACUGAGGAAACAGAGAACCAACUUCCAUCAGCGGUUUGAAAGUCCAGAGCCACAGGCAUCUGCAGAACAGCCUGAAAUGUGAACUGGAUCUACAGGAUGAAAAACUGGGAUGUCGGUAGAUCAGCAGAUUAAAGGUGGCGACAGCCUGUAGGAAAGAAAGGCCAAACUCCCAUUACAACAGUCUUCCUCAUCUUACAGUGCUGCAUUUCCCACACUACUAAAACAUUCUUCAAGUAAAUAUUCAAUUCUGUACAUACAUUUAAAGUAAGUGCUUUCUGAAACACUGGAACUUUCUUAAGCUCUUUUAUACUGCAUAUUUUACUUUUGUCUGGUGUGAUGCAGUCAGAGAUGCAUACAGCUUAAAGAAGUCUAGUUAUGUGUUUCCAUGCAUGUAGUAUGGUGCAUCUAAGUUUUGCUUUCAUUGAUGGUAAACUAAAGCAUUUCCUCUUUCUAUAUCCGACUGCAUAUCAUACAUAUUUCCUCAGUGUCUGCUAUCUGUAACAUUGGAGACUUAAUAAAAAAUUGUCUUAAAAUGACAAAUUCAGGUU